CGCCCUCGCUGUCCUUCCCUCAGCUUUCCCUCACGGAGGAGCAUGAACGGCCUGAGGCGGGCGCUGCAUUUGGGGCGGCUGUGGCGUGGGGCGCUCCCAAGGCCUCGCCGGGGCCUGGCCUCCUUCCCGGGCCUAGGCAGGGGCUGGGCCGCGGCAGAAGGAGAAGAGGAGUUCGUCUUCCCAGAGUACCUCCCCUCAGAGCCGGGCCCGGAGGAGAAGAAGCCUCCCGCGCCGCCGCGAGAAAGAGCAGGCCCGAGGCCGGAAGAGCGGCGCCGGAAGCCUCCUCGGGCGAGCUUCCACCAGGCCUCGGGCCUCCCGGACCCGUCGCUGCCGGCCAGCGGCGUGGGCUGCCCGGGCUGUGGGGCCGAGCUGCACUGCCGCGACCCGGCUCUGCCUGGCUACCUGCCCAGCGAGAAGUUCCGGAGCCUGAAGGAGGAGGGGGAAGGCGGCGAGGGCCUGGAGGGGGCGGUGUGCCAACGCUGCUGGCUCCUGGUGCACCACCGGCAGGCGCUGAGGGUGGAGCUGCCCCGGGAGGAGUUCCGCAGCCUGGUCGGCGCCGCCUUGAAGGCCCCCUCGCGCCACAACCGCCCGCCCUUAGUGCUGCUCCUGGCCGACCUCCUCGACCUCCCCGAAUCGCUGCUCUUGCCCGACCUGUCCAGCCUGGUCGGGGACCAAACCCACCUCCUGGUGCUGGGCAACAAAGUGGACCUUCUCCCGGGAGACUCCCACGACUACCUGCGCCGCCUGCGGGGAAGCCUUCGCCAGGCCUGCGCCCAAGCGGGCCUCCCCGCCAAGGAGGAGCCGCACCUGAUCAGCGCCAAGACCGGCUUCGGCCUGGAGGAGCUCAUCAGCCGGCUGCAGCGCUCCUGGAAGUUCAAUGGGGACGUCUACCUGGUGGGCGCCACCAACACCGGGAAGUCCACCCUCUUCAACACCCUCCUGCACUCUGACUACUGCAAGUCCCGGGCCUCCCAGGCCAUCCACCGGGCCACCAUCUCACCCUGGCCAGGAACUACAUUGAACUUGCUGAAAUUUCCAAUUAUUAAUCCUACACCUUACCGAAUAUUCAGGAGGGAAGCAAGGCUGAAGGCAGAUGCAGAAAAAACAGAGGAAGACCUUAGUGAAGAAGAACGAAAACUGCUUAAAACUCUCAAAAAGCAAGGCUACUUAAUAGGAAGAGUUGGGAGAACAUUUGCUGAACCAGAGAAACAAAGAAAAAAUUAUGAAAUUGACUUUGAUGCUGAAGCUCUCUCUUUUAGUAUGGAGGAAGAAACUUCUCUUCCAGCCAAAACUGUUCCCACAAAAGUUGAACUCACAUACAAUGAAGUGAAAGAUGCUAGAUGGUUUUAUGACACUCCAGGAAUUGUAAAGGAUGGAUGUGUUUUAAACCUUCUGAAUGAAAAAGAAGUCAAACAUGUCUUGCCAACAUGUGCAAUUAUUCCAAGAACAUUUCUUCUUAAGCCUGGAAUGACCCUGUUUCUGGGUGCAUUGGGUCGAAUAGAUUAUUUACAGGGGGACAGCCCCUCCUGGUUUUCUGUUGUAGCCUCAAAUUUAUUGCCUGUGCACUUCACUACAGUAGAAAAAGCAGAUGCUCUCUAUCAAAAACAUGCAGGUCAAACAUUGCUGAAGGUUCCUAUGGGAGGCGAAGAACGGAUGAAAGAUUUCCCACCAUUGAUCUCCCAGGAUGUGACAUUGGAAGGAAUUGACGAAGCUCAGGCAGUGGCCGAUAUAAAGCUUUCAACUGCUGGUUGGAUUGCAGUGACAGCUCAUUCAAACAGCAAAAUCCAUCUGCGAUGCUAUACUCCUAAAGGGACAGAGCUGACAAUACGUAAACCACCUCUGCUGCCAUACGUCGUUAAUAUCAAAGGGCCCCGUCUGAAAGGAAGUCCAGCCUAUAAGUCUAAAAAACCACCACCCCUUGUUAGGAAUUUAAAAGUAAAUAUAAAUCAAGGGAAAAAAUCUAAAAAGUAAGACAUUAUAGAAGGCGUUCUCCAUGUAACAUUUAACCUAGUAUAGUGUUUUAGACUUUCAAUUUUAAAAAUGCUUUGUAAAAUAUAUUGAGAUGUACAUUUAUAAAAGUCAUUGAAAAACUAAA